UUUAAAGAAGUUACGUCGUUAUACAUACUAUUAUUAGUAGAUAAAACAUGUCAAAAUGUGACGGAUGUAUAUCCACAGCGAUAAACGACAUAACGCAUCAUACUGUUUACAGAGAACGCGUUAUACCACAAACUAUUCUAAGCUCACGAUAUUUCCCAUACUCUGCGACCCAAAUACACCUUCUCCUCUCCAAAGGGCAGAACCGUUUAUCAAAUGUUAAGGCACAUGCGACGUUUUGACAUUAGUAUUGUCGUUUGAUCGUAAAUGCAGUUCAAAAUGGAUUCGCGCAGCCCUAAUAUUUCAACAAAGUAAAUAUUUGUGCCAAAUAUAUCAUAACAUGUCUAUUCGGAUUUGAAAGAUAUAUGUAGAUCGUGUUUUAUUAGUUUAGUUAUUACUAAAAAGUGCCCAGUUAAAAUAGAUCUUAGUACGUUGAGAUAAGAUCUGUGGGCAGUGGUUUGUGUAUUUUAAUUUUCACUUCAGUAUAGCGCCGGUAUUAGUAGGCGCUGCGCGCGCGCUCCUGAAGUUUGUGAUUUUAGUUAAAUCUAAAGUGCAGUUUUAUUGAAGUCAAAUUUGGAAUGCGCUGUUACUAAAUACUCUUUUGUUUUGAAGUGAGGAGUUUUCAAAAGGUGUUUUACUAUAUCCUGAGUCCUGAGGUAUAAAGUAUAAAUUCCAAAAUCACGUACCUUAAGUGCCUGAAGACAGUGGGUUUACCAGUCCCUUGUGCUUUAAUUUUGACUAAAAGUUAGGGCCAGUUGUUUGUUUGAUAAAUGGAAAAGACUCGGACUAGCGUUUUACUCCAUAGUUUUCUGGAGUUCAGUGCCUAAUGUCAAUUAUUUAAUGACCAUUAUGGUGGGAUACGUGGUGAUGGGGUUGUGCGUGUAGUGGUGUGUUGUGUGGUGUGUGUGAUGUCGCGUCGCGACGUGGUGCCGCGCGCUGGCCGCGAGGUCCUCGCGCCGCCGCCCAGCAAAUGUGCGAAGGUGCUGUACUACACCUGGCGGCUGUGCUCCGUGGUGUUCUCGCACUUCGUGAUGAUCAGCCUCGUGGUGGCGUACUGCAUACUGGGCGCUGUCACCUUCGAGAAGCUGGAAGCCGCACACGAGAGGGAGGUGAAGAUGAACAUCUCUCGUCUCCGUCGGAACACCACGGACAGCAUCUGGGGGAUGACGAAAAACGCCACCUACUUCAACGAGUCCAACUGGACGGCUGAUGUGGUCGACAUGCUCAAGGACUUUGAAAACGCGUUGCUUUUGGAGAUGAAAGUGCGAGGCUGGGACGGCAGCGAGAGCACCGCUCACAUCCAGUGGACGUUCACGGGCGCGCUCUUCUACUCCAUCAUCGUCAUCACCACCAUCGGAUAUGGACACAUCGCACCGAAGACCCAGACCGGGAAGGUGGUGACCAUCUUCUACGCCAUCCUCGGCAUCCCGCUGAUGCUGCUCUGUCUCUCCAACAUCGGAGACGUGAUGGCUUCCUCUUUCAGGUUUUUGUACUGGCGCGUGUGUUGCUACGUGUGCACUCGGCCUCCGAAGCGCCGCCGCCGACACCAUCCCUCCAUCAGGAGAUCCGUCCGCGGCAGUCGGCACGGUUCCACGCGGCGCAAGCGGCCCGAGCGCGCGCAUUCUGACACCGAGUGUAGGUAUCGCGACAGUGGCUACAGCAGCGGUCGCGGUCGACGUGGUCGUCUGGCUCAUGGGCCCAGCCUGCGAACCGCCUCGCAACCACCACUUACGCGCACUAAUGAACCGAGAGGCUACGAGAGAGACGUAUCCCCGGUGCGGUAUGACCGUUACGGACGAGACCAUUACGAGGAAGAUGAAGAGUUCCCAAAGAUAUCGCUGCCACUAAAAGACUUGGAAGCAGCUUUACAAGACCUGAACGAACAUCAAACGAAGGCAUCCAAAGCCGACAUUCGCAGCAAGUCCCUCCCACGCCCUUCCAAGUCCAAGCCCGACUUCGGACCUCGAGAUUUUGAUAGGGAUUAUGACCCUGGACCCAGGGAUCGCAGAGACUUUGACCCUGGACCUAGGGACCGUCGAGAUUUUGAUCCUGGUCCAUCUAAGGACCGCUUUGAAAUGCAUGAUCUAUAUGAUGUAGAUUAUGAGAACUACAAAGAGAGGAAGGCUCAGCAAGAAAGGGAGUGGAGAAGGAACGACUAUAGGGAAAGGGAUUACGAUCCUGAGGAUGAUGACUAUGAGUUCGAUAGUCCGAAAGGAAGGAGGACAUGGGAUCGUCGUGCAGACCGUUGGGACUCCGAACGUGACCGUGACGACUACGGCCACGAGCGGCGCCCGAACCGGCGAGCCCGCAGCGCUCUAUACGAGGGCGAGCGAAGAUGGGACGAGUGGGACGAGAGGAGGCGCUGGGACGACAGAGACGGAGAGAGGCGACGCUGGGACGAGAGAGACGGAGAGAGGCGGUGGGAGGACGUCGAGGGAGGAAGGAGGAGGUUGCGACGGCUCUAUACUACUGAUGACAGCGCCAGGAUGCCGCAUGCUGUGACGCCCUCUCCUGAACGGGAUUACUGGAGUGACGACGCAGCUGUUGUGCCCGUUUCGCGCAGAGGCAGAUCCGCUGCUGCUGCCUGGGGUUCUAGACAUACUGACAUUUACGAAGAAGAUCCCGAACCCAUUAAGCAAGAAAUAAAGCCGGUGCCGAUCUGGCUGUGUGUGUUCCUCGUGGCGUCCUACAUCGUGGCGGGCACCUUCCUCUUCCAACAAUGGGAAGAUUGGAACUACCUGGACUCAGCCUACUUCUGCUUCAUCACUCUUACUACCAUCGGCUUCGGCGACUUCGUGCCUGGUAUGAAGCUACAGGGCCGAACCGACUCGACAGUGGCCGCCGUGCACUCCAUCGCGCUCUGCUCGCUGUACCUCCUCUUCGGCAUCGCUCUGCUGGCCAUGUCCUUCAACCUGGUGCAAGAGCAGGUGCGCGCCAACGUCGCGGCACUCGCCACCCGGCUCGGCAUCAUCAAACCCAGGGACCCUGACUACUGACCAGCCGUCAGAAAGGCAAUCCCUCCUCACCCCUUUGUGAAUGCCCUAACAUUUGUGAAUCAACUAGUGAGACCUAAUGUCAACUAUCCUACUUUUGCCAUGUAGUAAAAAAUCACAGUCAAUCGCAAUUCAAUGUCAUUAAGUAACUGGAAGCAAGACCUCGACGUGAGUGAUGUGUAAGCAGGCACCAUGUGAACGCCAGCCACGCUUACAGGUAUUGUCCUUACUUAGAUUUGUAAGAAUUUAUUACACAAAUGGACACUGCUCAAAAACCAUGUUGCGAUCACAAUCCUUUAUAUUAAUUAUAUUACAGAGUUUAUCGUGUAAAAAAACUUACGUAUCGGAUCAGCACUGUCUAUUGCUAAGUAACUUAGCAUUCGUUCCACUUCCACCAAAUUUUACUGUUCUAAGUUUCUAACUCUUCUUCUAAUAAACA